GCAUUACCCUGAAUAACAAUAACAACAGAAAAUACCCACAACACAGCGCAUGAAUAUGACGUCACUAAAGUAAGCAAUAGCAUGUCUCAGAGGCAGACUCAAGCAAGAGAGAUGAACGGUCAAGCCGACGUCGAAGUUGACUACAAACGGAAAUACAAAAACCUCAAACGAAAGUUGAAAUUUCUUGUUUAUGAACAGGAAUGCUUUCAGGAGGAGCUGAGAAGGGCACAGAGGAAACUUCUUAAGGUUUCCAGGGACAAAAGCUUUCUUUUGGACAGACUGCUACAGUAUGAGAGAGUAGAUGAAGACUCCUCAGAUUCAGAUGCAACAGUUUCUUCAGAAAACAGCGAAGGGGAAGCACCCAGGGAGAGGGAAAGAGAACGAGAUGGAGCAAAGAAGUUUGUUGGGCGAAAGAAUAGUCCAGGCGCAUUCCUUCAUUCAGCUCCUCAUCUCUCCCUGCUGUCCCGUCCUCUGCAGUCUACUGGCUCUGGACCCUACCUCAACACCAUGCCCUUCCCGCCAGAAUAUUUGGCCCCCCCAGCUGAACGAAUGAAGAAAGACAGAAAAACAAAGACGCCUAAAAACAAGAAAGAGACUACGGGGAAGGUUGUUCCCAUGGCAGCUAAUUACCCAUCAGCCCCUGCGGCUCCUCCAACAGCUGGCGGCCACUUCAGCUGGGUUCCCAGACAGAUGCUUAGUGGAGAUGCAGCUGAGGAGGAGGGUGAGAGUGAUGGAGACAGCGAAAGAGGGGAUGAAGACAGAGGGGAGGGAGAUGAGGCUGAGCUUGUCAUUGACAUUCCUAAUGAGUGAACCUGAGCGUGUGUUUAGAUGUGUUUAGGCGGGCCAUAGAGGCGUACAUAUGCACAUCAUGGUGAAAGACAGAACUGUACCGAACGUGUCUCUAUGUUGAGCAGACGAAGCUCCCCCCUGUGGACUGAAGCUUAACUGCAGUAUCAUUGUACAAACAAUCUCAUCAGAGGCGUGUUGUAAAAUAUUUUGAUAAUAAAUUAAUCUGUGAUAAGGCACAGUUGGCAAGCUUCUGCAAAAGUGCUAAUUAUUUUUGUCUGUACAGCUUAAAUCAAAGUAUGAGCACAACUAGGUGUGUAAUUCAUCGAGAGAUUAUAAUGUUUUAUCGUGUUUAGCUGCUCUCAGACUAUAAGUUGUACAAGUUCUCUAGUACAAUAAAAUUGUUUAACUGUGAUACAGAUGUUUGGAAUCUGCAGAUGUUAAGUGUUGUUUACUUGUUACAGACAGCUUUGACACUUGGCUCAGAUCGUUCUGCUUUGCACAACAGUAGAAAUGACUGCUUACAUUAUUCUGGGACUAAUGUAUUUCAUUAUUAGUUUUUUUUUUCACCUGUCAAACAGUGCCAGAUUAAAAUAUUUUCAUUUGA